UUUCAUUCAUAUAAUCAUAUUUUUCAUUCAUUCUUUCUCUUCUUCCCUCAUACAUACUCUUUCUCUUUUCUCUCUCUUUUCUUUUCUCCUCUUCUUCUCCGAUCCUUCAUCAAUUCUCAUCAAUUCUCUCCCCCUUCGCUUUCUCUCUCCGAGUUGGUUUUGGGAUUGUGUUCCUCGUAUGUUAUUUUGAUCUCUGUUACUCACAAGUUGCAAGCUCUUGUUUUUGAUGAUAACAAGGAUUAACUUGCAACAACAAAUACCUAAAUUAUGGAUCAGAUGACAGAUUCGGAUAGGGAUCAACAACGGCAAGGCUAUUUUCAUUCCGAACCGUGUGUUGUUUUGAGAGGUCCCAGCGUCGGACAUCCUAAUAUCCGCUCAGUGGUGACUGCUUCAGGGAACACAUCUAAUGUUGAUUCUCACUAUUUACCAGAUGCUUAUGACAAUGCUAGGGUGUAUGGGAUUGCACAAUUCAACGGCAUUCCACCUCAACAUAAUCUUGAGAUGGGCGUUGCAACUGCAGGCAACAUAUAUUAUUCUGGCAUGAAUCCUUCUUCAAGUACCGGUGUUUUCCCUUUGCCUCAUAGAGCCUCCGAUCAGUUGCCAGGUUCAAGCACAUUUGCAAUUUCCGGAGUUUCCUUAGAUAAUUUCGGAAGAAGCAAUGGUUUCAUGGAUGACGCUAGAGGUCCGUACAAAAGGAAAGUUGCUGAAGGGAUUAGAGGAAACCACCAACAUUUUAAUGCUUCAACUAGUUCUUCUAUUGCUCCACCAAAUGCAAGGCACGCUGAUGGGGUUGCUAUGAUGGAUACUGCGCCAUUGCCAUUCCAUGUCCCUUCACUUGUUGGAGUAGGACCACAUGGUGGUGCGUGGAGUAGGUCAGGUGAGUCUAUUAUGGUGCAUGACCAUAAUCAUUUGAUUCACGGAAAUUAUUUGGGACAGCACUAUCCACCAGCGGCUCCUCCGUGGUUGGACCAGCAAGUGAAUAGCAAUAGCAAUGAUGGCCAUACUACAGCCUGGAAUCCGUCUGUGCCAAUACCUUAUAUUCAAGCACCAAAUAUUAAUGGAAGUUCAUUAGAGAGUGCAAAUAUGGGUUUGCAGAGGUAUCACGACACAGCUGGUAACCGAAAUGUCCUGAGGUUUCCUCCUCCGCCUCCUCCUGUCAAUCAACAGCACCCUAAUUAUCAUCAUCCAACUCUCCCUAUGCAAGGAAUAAGAGGUCACAAUAUCAGCUUUCAUCCUCCAGUAACUGCAGCUUCAUUUAGAGUUCCACCAAAUCCUCCACGCGGUUCUGUGAUCCCUCCACAGACUGGUUUUGAGGUAGGUCCUAGGCAUAUUGUCCCUGCACCAUCAACAGGCUUCCGGAUUUUCCGACCUCAUAGGCUCAUGCCAGAGAUACCUCUCGGACAUCGAAGUCUACCUCCUGUGGGCUUCUUCCAAGUUGAUGAUGUUGCUUUAAUUGAUGAAGUGGGAAAUCUGAUUGACCAUCACCGAGAUAUGCGCUUGGACAUAGAGGAUAUGUCUUAUGAGGAUCUUCUUGCAUUGGGUGAGAGGAUAGGCAGUGUAAACACUGGUUUAUCUGAGGAGACAAUUGAAACUCAACUGAAGUCUAAAGUUUAUUCAACGAAAGCCACUGAUAUUAAUCUUGAGGAGGCAGCUUCUGACGAUCAGGAAUCUGAUUCUUGCAUAAUAUGUCAGGAGGAAUUUAAGAACAAAGAGAAGAUUGGGAUACUUCGGUGUGAGCAUGAAUAUCACGCCGAAUGCUUAACAAAAUGGUUGCUUGUCAAGAAUGUCUGUCCGAUAUGCAAAUCAGAAGCAUUGGCUCCUGGAAGCAAAGAUGCAUAGGAAAGGAAUCAAAGAAUUCCUUUUCUUCUUGCCUAUAUAUCCAUCCUUCUUGGAUAAUUUAUUUUUGGACAGAAUUCAUAUUUUGUUAUGUAAUGUAUGUAUAUGUACAUGCACAUAAUAUAGACAGUUCUCCCCUGCCCAACUCAUUUAAUCUGGGCACCAGAACUUUGUAUCUAUCAAACUUGUACAGGCUUUGUUCUGUUGGAUGUAUUUACUUUGGGUAAUUAUAUCAGUACGUUCUUUCAUUUAUUA